AUGAAUGCAAUGGAUAGCAAUGAUAAUUGUGGUGUAAUUAUGAGACCUAAAAAGUUAAAAGAUAUUCAAGAAAAGCAACAACAAAAGUUUAUACGAUAUCGACCGUUGAGUACAGCUAAUUUAUAUGCCUCCUCACUUACCUCAUCUGGGAUGACUGACAUCAGAUGGCGUGAUUCACAUAUUUCACCAUGUUCGUCACUGUCAACUAGUUGUCAACUUAUUCAUGAAUCACCUAAUAUGUGGAAAUAUGAGGGUUAUUUAGAAGAAGAAAAAGCAAUAAUUAAUCGUGGCUUAGAAAAUGCAAAACGUUUAACUGCUUGGUACUGUGAACGUUUGAAAAGUGUGGAAAAGCGAAGCAAUUUAUUAGAUCGUGGAUUAUCACCUGUGGAUGGAGCUGUGCACGAAGAAAAACUGAAUUAUCUUCGUGCUCAUAUUGCCGAACUGAAUAGACGAAUAAUAUCACUGAUGGAAAGCAGUGAACAUUCAUUCCCAACGCAUUCUAAUUUACAGAUAAAGACACAAAUGCCACAACCGAGUGAUGAUCAUAGCCAAUACUAUCGAAGACAAAAUAUUAAAUUAUGUCAGGAACUGGCUGAUAAAAAUCUUUUAAUUGAACGACUUCUCUAUGAAAAGAAUGAAAAACAUAGUAGCGCAUUUCAAAAAGUUGAACCAAAAAGGUUGAUAACAACAACAACGACAAAUGCUGAAAGGAAUCAUUACGCUCAAUCACAUUCACGGAAAUCAUCAGAAGGAACAUUAAUGUGA